AUGGAAAGACACACUAAACGCGACCUCGAAGCCGGAGGACCAGGACAAGGCACACUGAAAACACGCAAAAGAAUAAGGAGAGCAGAAGAUGGAUCAAUCGUUGUCCGGCCGUCGCAACGCCAGCUUCGAAAGGCCGCUGCGCUCGCUGAGCGCUCUCCGGUCUCGACCAAUAGUCUAAGCCAGGAGCCUAGCGACGAAGACUACUUUCAUGAUGAGGCACCAUUGUCACCACCUGGGUCAGGCACAGACCCAACCUCAAUCUCAAUCGACGAGACCGAUCCAUUCUUGGCGCCUUUGAUGCCACCGGGGCCGUUUGAGCCAUACGUCGAGCCGAUUCCCGGUCAGUUUGAUGCGGCGGACGGGUCUUACAAUGUUGAGUUGGAUGGGAUUGGGGACUAUUUCGGAAUGGAUACUGCGACUGAUUUCAAUCUUCCUUUCGCUGCGACCUGCAACUACAACUGGCUCUUUGAUGUCUCUUCGCUGGAUGAUGCCUUCAAUCAAUUUGACAGCCAGGUUGGAUUUAGUACAAUUCCUGCACCAGAGCCAGCCCAUCAAGAUCCUGUCAAAGCCGUUGAAAAUUACGAUGGCCCGUCAGCACUGUUGAUGGCCUCUAUUAUGGACAGAAGUGAGCCUAUGGAGGGGAACAUGACAUCUGCGUUGGGAAACUUGCCUGAUUUGGACUGGAUGUCUGGAUCUACAAUGCUAGAGACCGAAACCCACAACCAGCUACCCAGGAUUUCAGGAGAGGCACGAGCGGGAAUAUUACAUUUGGUAGCACAAGCGCAUCCCACAAGCAUCGAUACGCACCAGAAUGUCUUGCAAUCGCCUCUAUUGACACUCUCGGCACUUCAAAGCUACAGCGACCUGUUUUUCAACCGUUUCAAUACGCAAUAUCCUCUGAUACAUCAGCAUACAUUUGACCCAAACACCGCCCCGCCUGUUUUUCUAGCUUCUAUAUUGUUUAUGGGUGCGACGUAUAGCACCCGAGAAGCUCAUCAAUUAGCAGUGGAAGUACACGACGUGCUCCGUGGCCAGCUCCUAUGCCACCCCGAUUUCUCGCCGCAAGCCGACCUUUGGGUUCUCCAAACGAUGCUGCUCAUCGAUUGUUUCGGGAAGAUGCGAGCCGGGCCCAAGCAGCGAGAGCGUGCACAGCUUUUCCAUUGCGUGUUGAUCAAGAUGAUCCGACGCAGCAAUUGCUGUAACAUUCGGGACUUGUCGGGUUUCACUGAAACAGAUGACUUAGACCCCGUUUGGAGACGCGCUAUGGACGAAGAGCAACGCAAACGGGUAGCAAUGCACUGUUUUAUGUGGGAUACACAGCAUGCAGUCCUAUUCUCACAGUCGCUUUGCAUGUCCGCCUUCGAAAUCAGAUCGUCCUUACCGUGUGGAGCCGCAAGCUGGGGAGCCUCUUCUGCUCAAGAGUGGGUAUUUCAUGCAUCCCGCGAGGAUAAUAAACAAUUCCUUGCUGUUUUGAAGGGAUACAUUAAUCCAACUGCCGUGACUAGGCCCCGGGAUCUGAAUGUGUUCGCUCGCAUUGUUGUGCUACACGGCUUAAUGUCUGUUUCCGCGGACUUGAAGCGACGCGACCAAACGACUCUCCGUUCUGAAACGCCGGAGCGAGUAGGGGCAUGGACACCGCGCAUGGGUCGGUCUUAUGAUCUGUGGAAGGUCGACUUUGACGCAGAUUGCUUGGCGAUGAAGAUAGCACGGACUGCGAGUGCUAGGCAACUUACCGGGCUCAAGAUCUCCGGCCAUGCAUUAUACCACGCAGCAAAUCUUGCGCUCAAAGUUGAAGUCCUGGAUUUGCAGAUCGUUGCUGGUGCUUCGCAAAUUCUCGGGCGCGUGGUCACUGAAGCCGAUCAUGCACGGUCCUUGAGGAACAUCACUCGGUGGCUUCAGGAGGAAUUUAAUUCGUUCUGCACGAGUGCCCAGCAGGCCUCCCUUUUGCUCCAAAGUGCGGUUCUGGGUCUACACGACUGGGACCAGGCUGAUUCGUUUCACUUCCCGUGGUGCUUGUACCUGUGUACUCUAGUCUCCUGGGUCUUCCAUCGCGGACUGGAUGUCUCUGCGGAAAUUCACAGAAUCAGAACGGACCUGCCGUCGCUAAUUGUCAUCGUCACCAAUUGUGCGAAUGUGGAUGAGCUCGCGGCGCUUUCUGGAAAGUAUUGUCCUCGCCCUCUCGCAGGAGCUAUGGCUCAACAACUUGCAACCGUCCGAUGGGCCGUUGUUCAUGAUGCUAUGAAAGUUUUAGUUGGCUUGUCUUGA